GGUGGGACCACUGUCAGUGUUCUUCUCAACACAGGCAAUGGCACAUUUCUUACUCAAGUUACUUACAAAACCGGUAAUGCACCAUUUGGAGUAGCAUUAGGCGAUGUAAAUGGCGACAGUAAACCCGAUAUUAUCGUUACAAAUGCAGCAUCGAGCACUGUUGGAGUUCUCUUACAUUGUUAA